GUCUUUAGCUUGGAGGUUGAAUCGUGCUGCCUUGGGUUUAGUCACUUGUCGGUCACGCCUUGUUUUUAUCAUUAAAUCUUAGUUUUGUUAUUCAUUAUAGUUCGCUAGUACUACUUUUAAUAAAAUAAUGUCCGGGUCAGUUUUAUGACAUUUUAAUAGGCACCAGUCAAAAUAAAUAACGAUGCCUUCUCACUACAGUUCCACCAUGCUAUCACUAUCAGCAGUUGCAGUCUUAGUGAUUGGAUUUUGCUCUUUAACAGGACAGGUGUCUGCAGCUCAAUCUCCUUACCAUUGCAUUUGGUACGGACAGUGUCAUACUGAUGCUUUGGGCCGUACUCAAAAUUGUUUUUAUAAUGGUACAGCAAAGCCUCUCAACGAAUCAGGUUACAGUCUUUUAGAAAAAUGGUGUCCGAACUUCCUUGCUAAACACACUUUGGGAAAACCCAUAGAGACUUGCUGUGAUGUUGAUAUGCUCAAAACGAUGGACUCACAGUUAACUCUGGCUGCAAACUUUUUGAAGAGAUGUCCAUCUUGUCUUUCAAAUUUCUUGGAACACCUCUGUAGCCUGACGUGUGCACCAGAUCAGUCUCGGUUUUUGAAUGUAACUGAUAUUGAAGUAGCUGAAGAUAAACGUCUAUUCGUCAAUGGAAUUGAAUUCUACAUAACUAAGAAGUAUACCCAAGGCGUUUUCGACUCAUGCAAACAAGUUUACGUGCCAUCUAUGGGCCAGCUCGCCUUGGAUGUCAUGUGUGGCUCUUGGGGUUCUUCUAGGUGUUCUCCAGAAAAAUGGUUCACGUAUAUGGGUGAUAUGAAUGCCAAUGCCUAUGUACCAUUUCCUAUCGAUUUUAAGUACACAAAUGAACCUGUAGACGGCAUGGUUCCUUUAGAUCCAUUAAUCAUACCCUGCAAUGCCUCCAAAGAUCGAGAGACUCCUGCUUGCAGCUGUAUGGACUGCGAAGACAGCUGCCCUGCUCCUCCUCCACCCAAACCUCUACCUCGACCGUUCGUACUGUUUGGUCUUCCUGGAGUUCCGCUUAUUAUGGCUUUGAUAUUCGUCGCUGUCUCCAGCGUUUUCAUCUCUUUCAUAUGUUGGGCACCUUCUCUUAGUAAUGUGAGUGUUCUGUUGAGGAGAAGCAAAGAAGAUGAUUCUGUAGGAAGGCACAUUAGAAGAACUAAUCCAAGGAUGGCGAUGGCCGCCGAUGACGAAUCAAGUCCUUUACAGUCCAAACGCUCGAGUUUUGUCAGUAGUACUGAUGGUACUGAAGGUAGAAGUUCAAGUGCUCCUACCAUGACCAUAGUUCAACCGUCUUCUCUCAUAGAAAAAAUGGGAGUAUAUCUCGAUGAAAAACUGCAAUAUUUCUUUUAUAACAUUGGAUUAUGGUGUGCUACUCGUCCAUGGUUGACCCUGUUCAUUGGUGCUUGUGUCGUUACUGCCCUCGGUCAUGGAAUUAAAUACCUAUACAUCACUACUGACCCGGUGGAACUUUGGGCUGCUCCGAACAGUCGGUCACGUCUGGAGAGGAACUUUUUUGAUGAAAACUUCAUGCCUUUUUACAGAACGGAACAAAUUAUUAUCCAUGCUGUCGGUCUCGAAAAUAUUAUGCAUAACACUUCUAAUGGAGUGAUUGAAUUCGGGCCUGUUUUUCAUGAAGAAUUUCUUAAAGAAGUGCUAAAUCUUCAAAGAGAAAUACAAGCUUUGGGGAGUGAAGAUAACACUGGUUUAGAAAAAAUUUGUUAUGCCCCCUUGACAUCAACUUUCACAGGACCAACUACAGUCAAGGAUUGUGUUCUACAGAGUAUUUGGGGUUACUUUCAAGAUGACAUAGAAAAUUUUGAGGAUUCUACUGUAGAUGAAAAUGGAUUCAUUGUAAAUUAUCUAGAUCGAAUCAGGGAUUGUACCCGGAAUCCAUACAACAUUAAUUGCUUGGCACUUUAUAAAGGUCCCGUCGAUCCUGCGAUAGCACUCGGAGGCUUCUUGGCACCUGGAGAGAGUUUAUCGAAAAAUGCUACUUAUGAAAAAGCCACUGCAGUUAUAUUAUCAUUUCUUGUCAACAAUCAUCACAACAAAACAAAACUUGUCCCUGCAUUGAACUGGGAACAAAAAUUCAUCCACUUCAUGAAAAAUUGGACUGCUACUAGAAAACCAGAAUAUAUGGAUGUCGCAUUCACCUCUGAAAGGUCGAUUGAAGAUGAAUUAGAUAGAGAAUCCAAGUCUGAUAUCUUCACAAUUCUUGUUUCAUACGUCAUCAUGUUUAUUUAUAUAGCCAUUGCGCUUGGCCAUAUUAGGAGUUGUGGAACAUUGUUGAUGGAUAGUAAAAUUACUUUAGGCCUUGGAGGAGUAUUUAUUGUGAUUGCUUCAGUAAUUUCGUCGAUAGGUUUUUUUGGUUUCAUGAAAAUUCCAGCCACAUUAAUUAUAAUGGAGGUUAUACCCUUUUUGGUUCUUGCUGUUGGCGUAGACAACAUAUUUAUUUUAGUUCAGACGCAUCAAAGAUUGCCAAAAUUAGAAGGGGAAACCCAUGAAGAACAUAUAGCAAGGGUUCUAGGACACAUAGGACCAUCAAUUUUACUAACCAGUCUUUCAGAAUCAGCGUGUUUCUUUUUAGGAGGCCUCUCGGACAUGCCUGCUGUAAAAGCUUUUGCACUAUACGCUGGGAUGGCUUUAUUCUUGGACUUUUUAUUUCAAAUAACCUGUUUCGUGAGUUUACUCUCCCUCGACUCAAUCCGUCAGUCUGAGAACAGAUUAGACGUGGCUUGCUGUCUUCACGCCUCGAGGAAAGGUGAUCCACCAGGCGAUGGCCUAUUGUAUAGAUUGUUUAAAUCAUUUUACGUGCCGUUCCUGAUGCACAAAAUUACUAGACCAGCGGUAAUGAUAGUAUUCUUUGGUUGGCUGUGCGUUUCCAUUUCGACGUUGCCCAGUAUUGAUGUUGGGCUGGAUCAAGAACUAUCAAUGCCUGAGGAUUCCUUUGUACAUAAAUAUUUCAGGUAUCUCAAAGAAUUCCUGUCCAUCGGUGCACCUGUUUAUUUUGUAUUGAAACCUGGUCUUAACAUGUCAGACACGCAAAUGCAAAAUCUUAUUUGUGGAGGGCAGUGGUGUAAUGUGGAUUCAUUGACAGCACAGAUCUAUAGUGCUUCGAAGCAGUCCAACACCACGUUCAUCGGAAGACCAGCUUCAUCGUGGUUGGACGACUACAUCGACUGGUCAACGACCCCUGGUUGCUGCAAGUAUUUUGAAGCUAACGAAUCAUUCUGCCCUCAUCAAGAUUACUCUUGUAAAGAUUGUGAUAUCGGUUUUAAUGCGCAUAAUAAACGACCUGAUACUGUGAGUUUCGCUAAAUAUUUACCCUCUUUCCUGGAAGAUAAUCCGGACGAGACGUGUUCUAAAGCUGGACAUGCUGCAUACGGGAAUGCUGUGAGUUAUAAGCUUUCCGAGAAAGGUCAGUUAGCAAACGUUCAGUCUUCUUACUUCAUGGCGUUUCAUACCAUCCUCAAGACUUCAUCUGACUAUUAUGGCGCCCUAAGGGAAGCUCGGGUGAUAUCUGAUAAUAUUACCAACAUGAUUAACACCAAUUUAAAGACCAUGGGUUCCAAUGUUACCGUAGAAGUUUUUCCAUAUAGUGUGUUCUACGUCUUCUAUGAACAAUAUCUAACGAUGUGGGUAGAUACUCUAAAGAGUAUUUUCAUAUCAUUAUUUACCAUAUUCUUAGUUACCGCACUACUGAUGGGCAUCGACCUUUCAUCUGCCUUUGUUACUGUAAUAACGAUCCUGAUGAUCGUAAUUGAUAUGGGAGGAUUGAUGUAUUUCUGGAAUAUCAGUCUUAACGCAGUCUCUCUAGUUAAUCUGGUCAUGGCAAUUGGUAUCGCUGUCGAGUUUUGCAGUCAUAUUGUGCAUUCUUUUGCUAUGUCUCCGAAAGAAACAAAAAUCUUACGUGCUUCUGAUGCUGUUACAAAUAUUGGAAGUUCGGUGUUCUCCGGAAUCACCCUUACCAAGUUCGGAGGAAUCCUAGUUUUAGGGUUUGCCAACUCACAAAUAUUCCAAGUAUUUUAUUUCAGAAUGUACAUGGGGAUAGUUAUAUUUGGAGCAGCCCAUGGAUUGGUUUUCUUGCCAGUUUUAUUAAGUUAUAUUGGGGCUGACAUGAAUCGAGAGAAGCGUGCGAGAUACGAAAAGGCUGCAAGGCGAAAAGAAAUCGAGGACCCCUCAGAGACAGCGCUAACUAGAGUAAGCGUUACCAACCUAGAGGCAAACGACUCCCCAAUAGCUGUUGUGAAGGCAUGGCCCACGUAAAAGAACAUUGUUGCAUGCUCCCUUAUCUUGUCACUUUGUUUUAUUUAAAAAAAAAUAAUUAUUAUUAAAAUUUAAAAACUUACACUUUCAUCUCUAAAAUUAUGUAUGCUGUAUGUGUACAUAACUUUUUUGUACGCAUUAUAUACCAAUUUUUAAAUAGAUUGUUGAAAUUUAAUAUUUUUAUAAGAGAAAUAAAAAUAUUUAUAUAUAUUUAGCAUGAUGAUGACAAUAUUUUGGAAUCAUUACAUGACAUAUUUUUUUAAAGACAAUUUAUUUUAUCGUGUUUAGGUAUAUUUUCAUCUCAUUUUUUUUCUUUUCUUAAAAAAGCUUUCCCUUUCAAAAUUUUUUAGUUAUUUAUUUUUUUUUUUAUUUAUUUUUUUUUUUUGGAGCUAUAAAAAUUAGAAGUAGCAAAUGAAUGAUCGUGAGUGCUUUUAAAUUGUUUAUCUAUAAAUGUCUGUAAUUAUUUUAAAUCAUUAAAGACUUGAUAAUAAAAUAACCAUGAGAAUGCCUUAUCAUUAAUGUUUACAUAAUUAAUGUAGUACAAAAUGAAGAACACUCGUCAUAAUGAUGAGAUCCUUGAUGAUAAUGAAGGAGAUCCUUUAAGUUUAAUUCUGUUUGACAACAAGAACUUAUAACACUUGCUCAAGUUUUUACAUAUAUCGCCUCUUUGAUUUCAAGUCUUUAUGAUUUGUUUAUAAACUGUGAAGGUGCAAUAAAUGAUUGCAUCUUGUAGUCGGUUUUGUUGUUUAUUGUUAUUAAUAGAACUGUAGUAUUAUUAAACCAAGGAAUAUGCAUGUAUUAGUGAAGGAUUUUAUUAUUUCUGCCUAAAUAAUUAGUUCCUAUUUUUAUCAGCUAUAUUUUCUAUUAGUGUUUUUUUUUUGCGUUUUUGUGCAACCAUGUUUUUUUUUUUAUUUAAUAUUAUUUUUGUUAAAUGUGUACCAGGAAUACUUGUCUUACUUGAUUGAAUAUGGAUAUAUUUUUGUAGAAAAAGAAACCUUGAAUAUCUUUGUAGAAAUCAGAGUUUUAUUUAAAAUAAAAAUAUAUUAUCUAAGUACAAUAGAUUCCUUCUGCCUAGGCAUUAAUAAGUUCCUAUAUUGAAAUACAAAUAUCACUUCAUUCGGAAAAGGGUUCUUAAAUACACUUUUUCAAAUUUUCUAUAAGUUGUUUAUUAUUGAUUUCUUUCCUGAAUUUCAAUUGCCUGAUGUUGCCAUGGUUUAAAAUAUUUUUUAAAAAUUUAUUUAUUAAAAAUUUUGAAAAUUUGUUCUUUUGUUUGAUGUAGAUAUUUUAUGUAAAAUUUUGAUGUAUAAGAGGGGGAAGAUUAGCUAUUGUAUUGUAGUUUUUCAGAACAACUAAAUAAUAAAGUCAGAUGAGAAACUUUAAAAGGAAGUCAAUUGUACUUUGAUAUAUGUCACUUUAUUAGUUGCACAACUUUUAAGUAGUGAAAGAACAAAGAUACUUAUAAUUCAGCUGUAACUUACACAUUUGACUGUGUAAUCAAGUUGUGAUCUUAUUGUUAACCCUGUUUCUCCAACUUCGUUACCUACUCUCCCUGUUGAAAGUACAAUUACAAACUCUUAGGGAGUUCUUAUUAAAAUUAUAUUCUUCUACCAAAGUUAAUUCAAGUCCUUUAAUCCAAAGAAAAUAUUGUCUUGGUUUUUUUUAAUUGCAAUUAUUGCAGCUAUCUGAAAUUUAAGUAAGUGAAAAAUAAAAAAUUGUAAAUAUUUAAAUAUCAUUUCUAAAGCGAAAUUUGAAUUUAAAUAUUUUUUCAUUCCUUUAUAUGUUUUACAUCACCAAACAAAGGUAUUUUUAAUAUUAUAGCUUGUUUAUAGUAGUUUUUAAAAUUUCACUAAUUACCUUUUGUGGUUUAAAAAAAAUAUGUUGAAAUUAAUCAUAUUUCAUUUCCUUGCUGAUAAUAGAUUAUUAAUUUAGGUUAAUGAAAAUAAUCAAAGUUUGCUCUAAUUUAUUAAAGCCCCUUGAUUCCUCUAAUAGCAAGUUUACGAAGUCCACUUGGUAUAUUAACACUAGAUUUCCCCUCAUCAUCACAGGAUUCUGUAUACAAAAUAAAAAUUAAUAACAGCAAUCAUCAAUUAAUUAUACUAAAUUUUUAAUAAUAUAUUUUUUUUAAAGCCUGAGAAACUAAAAAAGUUUUAAAGAAUAUAUAUAUUUUUCUGAUAAGAGUGAAUUUAUUAUAUACAUUUUUUAUAUAUUUUAUUAGUAUAUUAUUUUAUUAUAUUAGUUAUGUUAUUCCUUCUUCCUAGAAGAUUGGUUAUUUUAUAUUAUUUUUCGUGACUUCUUUUCAAUAUUUUAGAUCCACUUAUCUGUAUUUUUUAUCUACUUAAUCAGGUCUAUUCGAUUUUAUUUUUUUCUAAUGGAAAUUAUAAAAAAUAACAAAAACAGUGGCUGUGAAUGUCAUAAACUGGACAUUAAAGGUUUAAACAAAGAUAUUCUUGGUUGGAGAGAGCUUUAAUAAGUCUGAAGUGUUCUUUGUUAUGUUUCGCUAAAUAAUUUUUAUCAUUGUAAAUGAUUUAAAUCAUUUUAGCAAAUGUUAUAAUCAAAGCACUUAUGAUUUUAUUAUAGAUACUACUUAACAUAAUUUGUUAUAUCAUUUGAUUGUAUUUAUUAAUUUAAAAAAAUUUACUAUGGCUUCCGAAUUAUUUGCUUGUAAGUUUCUAUUUCCUUUUUCGGAUGUUACUUAAUAAGAGAGAAAAAAAAACUUAUUUAAAUACCGUCCUAUUAGUAUUUUAGUAGCUAUCAUUUCAAACUUGUUGAUAAUGUAUUUAAAAAGGAGUAUUAAUUGAAUAAUUGUCAACUUAUUUAUUUACUGUAAAAUGUUUGUAAGAAUUUUGUCUUAUAUUAUGUGAUGCCCAUAAAAUGUAUGCAUUCCAGGUAUUUAUGUGCCUUUAUUAAAAUAAAUUAUAAAAUUUUAUAGAUUUUUUUUGUGUAUGUUAUUUCAAAUAUGUAAUAAGUAUUAUGAAAUUAAAUCAUUAGUUUCAAAAC